AUGAGACGGGAGGGCUGGCCGAAAGAUCGACCCGACUAUUUGUAUUUCCGACUCUACAAAGAGAACUGUGACACUGGCGAGGCAGUUUCCAGCAUCGCGCGUUGCGUUGGAAGAUCUGCCAAGCAGUUCAGCUUCGCAGGCACGAAGGACCGACGUGCAGUUACCGUUCAGCAGGUGUGCGCACAUCGCCUUCCCAUAGACCAGUUGCGCCGCAGCGUGCUUCACAGGCUCUGGGACAAGCGCGUGCGCAUUUCGAACCUGGAAUACCGAAGGGAGCGGUUGAGACUGGGGCAGCUACGCUUUCGUCCUACAGAUGCCGAGCUACGUGUGGCAGCCUCAGCAAGCUCCAACUGUGCCCGAGGUGGCAAUCGGUUCAAGGUGGUCCUCCGAAAGGUGCCGUUGCACAACCUGGAGGCCUUCAAUCCUGCGUCAAGACUACACUGCGGCGAACUCUUCCAGAUGCUGCGCUGUGGCCGUCGCGAGGAUGUCUCGCAUGACUCGUCCACGGGUGGCAGUGCUCGGGCCGCACAAGCCACUUCUGGCAUCGGCGAGGACAAAUCGAAGAGCAUCGUUAGCUGGAAGCCUAUGAUACUUGACCCGGGCCAUGUCGGUGCUGCAAUCAUAGCCGGUGAAUGGCAGAAGGCGCGGUUGAUGAAGUUGCAUGAGGCUGUGUUGCAUGUGGCCGAGAGGGCUCCCUAUCUUAUUGCUGUGCGACUGAUCCUUGGUGCUGAUGAGUGCUGCAGUGCAGAGGCCAGCACUGCGCAAAAGCGACCAAGCGAGGAGCAAGAAACGAAGGAGUUGGCAACACAGGGCCAGCAAUGCGAGGUCUUGGAAGCGCAGCGCCUCUUCCUGGUAUCAGGCUUAGCUCGGCUCACUCUGCGGGCAGGAGCUGCACUGCUGUCGCCCUCUCAAAAUCACACAGGUCAGCAUUUGGAACGCUGCCUUCUUGGUGCCCUCGCUCGUGACUUGUCCUAUGCCAUUGCCACGGCCGCAGCAGACACCUUGGAUUCCUUGGUUGUGUUCUCUGGAGUCUCCAGAUUUGCGAAUUCGGACGACAACCUCGUGCUGGUCGACCUUCCAAAAUUUGGAAAAGUUCUGCAUCUUGUGGAGACCGCUGCGAUCAGCUUCAGAGACCUUGUGAUGGCCGACCAUUCUGGCAAGGCCCUCCACGAUUUGCCGGGCACAGUGGAUGCGAACGAAGAGCACCUCUUCGAUGAAGCUGGGGAGCAGGACGACUUGUCGGAAGACGACCAUGAGACGCAAAGCCUGCCAAGUGUGCGGGCGCUUUCGGGUGAGGAUGUCUCUUCGGCGAAAUUGACUGACAUCAUGCUUCCUCUGCCUGGCUCUGAUGUGGUGUACCCUGAGUACCUCCAGCAAGUGUACGAGGAAAUGUCAGUGAGCUUGUUGGGACUUCCCCUUGCUGACUUUGCAUCCUGCAAACUUGUACCGCUGAAGGGCUCGUACCGCAACGCCGUGGUCUGUCCUGAAAGCCUCGAGUGGCAUUCCAUUGCGCCGGAGCUACUGUCAACAUCAGCAUUAGUUGAUAGCGACGUGGCCCAACUUCUGCGGGACAGGCCUUUGAAUGCUGAGUUGAAAGAAGGCGGAAGCGCAGCGAGCGCAUCAAAUUCCGGGAGCGGAGCGCCGACAGAUCCGGAGCUUAGCAAGUGCAAAGAUCUGCAAGAAGCUGGUACGGGAGCAGUAAUGUUCAGCUGCGUCCUUCCGCCAUCAUCCUACCUGACGAUGCUCUUGAGAGAGGUCAUGAAGCAAAUCACCCCUCCACCUGGUGGCUGA